ACGACAUUGUUGUAGUACUAAACCUUUGAUCGGAUUCCCAGUAAAAAACCAGUCUACAUAGUAGAGCACGGGUCGAGUUCGCCAUCAGAUACAAAAUUUUAUCUGAAUCAUUUCAGGUUUUCUUGUUAUCCAAUUUUGCUUUGCGUUGCUAUGGCACUGACAAAUCGCAAUCCCAGUUUCCCGUCGAGCUCCUCGGACUCCACCGACGAAGAGAUAAGUUUAUACACGAAGAUCAAUACCACAGUAGCCUUAAAAGUUAAAAGACAUGAGACAAUUAGCAAUCUCAAAGCAUUGUUAAGUGAGAAGGCAGGCAUUUCUGAUAAUCUUCAGGAGCUCUUUUUUGCUGGUAAUCGGCUGAUGAAUGAUCGGAGGCUAGUUGAUUAUGGUAUUCAGCAGGGUUCCACUGUCCACCUUGUUCUUCAGAAUGCAUUUGGAAUGAAAAUACUUGUUAAAAUGCCUUUGGAUCAGAAAAUCAUUGCAAUUGAAGCAAGGUCUUUUGACACUAUCCAAAAUAUCAAAUCAAUCAUUCAAGCCAAGGAGGGUAUUCAUUCGGAUCAGUACACUCUUGUCCACAAUGGAAAAGUUCUUGAAGAUGAAAGGAUUCUAUCCUCACUCAAUACUCCAAAUGAAACAAUCCUUCAUUUGGUUUUCAAUCCAAAAGAUGUCUUACCAAUUUUUGUGAGAACAGUGGCUGGAGAGAUGUUGAAUCUUGAAGUUAAAGUUUUGUUUACCAUUCGGGAUGUCAAAACAAUAGUUGGGAGCAUGGCUGAUGUCCUCAACAUUGAUUGGGAUCUGAUCUAUGCAGGAAAGAAACUUGAGGAUUGCAAGACUUUGGCUUCUUAUGACAUAAAAGAAGAAACCAUCUUAGAGAUGCUUCCUGCCUCGAUCCAGAUAUUUGUUAAGGCACUUGGUGGCGGGGAGAUCAUUGCUCUUGAUGUACAACGAUAUAACACAAUCAAAGAUGUCAAGGACAAGAUUUUUCAGAAACAGACUGGUGUCCUGGACAACAAUGAUUGGUAUCUGAUCUAUGCAGGAAAGAAACUUGAAAAUUGGAGGACUUUGGCUUCUUAUGAGAUAAAAGAAGAAACCAUCUUGGAGAUGCUUCCUGCCUUGAUCCAGAUAUUUGUUAAGGUACGGGGUGGGAAGACCAUUACUCUUGAUGUACAACGAUGUAACACCAUCAAAGAUGUCAAGGACAAGGUUUUUCAGAAACAUACUGGUGUCCUGGACAAUGAUUGGUAUCUGAUCUAUUCUGGAAAGCAACUUGAGGAUUGGAGGACUUUGGCUUCUUAUGACAUAAAAGAAGAAACCGUCUUAGAGAUGUUUCGUGCCUCGUUCCCGAUAUUUGUUAAGUUGUGGAGUGGGAAGACCAUUAAUUUUAUUGUUCAACGAAGUAACACAGUCAAAGACAAGCUUUCUGACAGACUAAUGAUUCCUGUUCAUAUUCUGGGCAUUUUAUUCAAUGGGAAACAACUUGAAGACGACCGUGAUCUAGCAAGUUAUGGUGUCCAGAUGGAUUCCACUCUUCAUAUGGUCCUUAGGAAUACUGUGAAUCAUUCAGAAUCUCAGAUAUAAAUAUGAUAUUUGGAAAACAAUACCAAGCUGUACGCCCCCAUUCGUAGUUUGAAGACUGAUUGAGAAGAAACUACGAGCUCCCCUAAAGGUAAUUAAUUAUGCUUCGAUGGAGUAGCAUUGCAGGAUGACCGAUCACUGGCAUAUUACAUGAUGAUAUGUUGAAAGUGUCUUUCUUACAACUUAUUUAGACGUGAUGCCUAUUACAAAUACAUAUAAACUUUAGUAGUUGAUGUGCUUCCUUUAAUCUUGGACAAGGUUUUCAAUGAAGUUUCUUAAGCUAGGAAUGUUUCUUAGUCUAUUUAAGCCUGCUGUGUCUGAUAAUCAUUGAUGGAGCUUUCAACAUAGGCUCCUCCUGGUUUGAGUUUCCUCCAGAAACUUGACGACAUCCCGAUCCUUGUGUUGAGUCACUUGGAUUACUUAAAGAAGCAUUUAUGAAUUUGGAGUUCUUGCAUA